AUGGCUUCUUCCAACGAGGAUGAAAUUGUGGAAGGAAUUUCCGCAGCAGUGCGGAACGCUCUUUGUAGAAAUUCCCAGCAACAGGUACGUGCAAGGCUAAUUUAAUGGUUUUCUGUCUUUGAAAAUGUCUUGCAUGCCUGAAACACACUUAAACGUCCGAAGGAAGACAUGCGAACGAACUUGAUGUUUUGUGUCUUUUGUCCCACUGACAUAACUAUCAGGGUUUAUUUUGAACACAUUUUCUUUGUUUUUAUUUAGGGAAUUGUUGGCCGUCCCCCAAUAUCACUAUCAAAAGAAACAAUUGAAGGUUACCUAAAUAUGGGUUAUUCUGUGUCUCAAACUGCAGAAGUAUGUGAUGUAUCACAAUCAGCUUUGUAUUCUAGAAUGAAGCAACUGUGUAUUUGCACAAAGACCGGUUUUCCAGUAUUGACAAUGACGAUUUGGAUAGAGUAGUAAGAGAUAUCAAAAAUAAGCAUCCACACUGCAGAGAAGUGAUGAUUACUGGCCACUUAAGGGCUAGAGGAAUAAUCAUUCAACGAAACUGUGUACGUGAGUCCAUUCACCGCGUAGAUCCCCGAGGUGUUGAUGAUCAUAGGUGUAGAAGAAUUUGCCAUUGUGUUUAUUCUGUACCGUGCCCAAAUUUCAUGUGGCACCUCGAUGGGAAUCAAACUUAUUCAUUGGCGAUUUGUCAUACAUGUUGGUAUAGAUGGCUUUAGCCGACUGAUUAUCUAUUGUCAAUGUAGUAACAUCAAUAGAUCCCAGACUGUUUUAACUUUGUUCUAACAUGCGGUCAGUCAGUAUGAAAGACCAUUUAAAGUACGAACUGACAAAGUAGGGGAAAACGUCCGUGUUUGCAAACAAAUGGUUAAUCAAUCACCAGCAGGGGAGAUGUCAGUAAUCACAGGAAGUUCAGUUCACGACCAAAGAGUAGAGCGGUUUAAACGCGAUUUAAACAUUCAUGGUGCUGAUGUCAUCAAGGCGGGGUUAUAUGGGUUAGAGUAGCAAGGUCUCCUGGAUCCUUCAAAUAACACAGAUUUAUUUUGCUUACAUUAUGUCUAUGUUCCUAGAAAAAAUCAACUUCUGGAAGAGUUUGUCAAUCCCCACAUCCAUCAUUCUAUUUCUACAGAGAAUAACCUAACUCCACUGCAACUAUAUAACAACAAUCAGCACUUGCUUAUCUUCACAGUAUUACACACGAAUGGCAAGAUCCUGGGGCUGGAAACCUCCUCACAAGGCAGACACUUGUUUAAGUUUCUCCUAUUUGCAGCCCACUAGAUGAUGAAUGCUAUGAGAAUCUCUGUGGAGACAUAAAUCCUCUUGUGAAUACUCCAAGAAUAGACCUCUACAAGCAAGUUAUUGAGUGUGCUAGAAAUUCUUUGUCACAAAACUAA